CACAUGGUCAUCUGCAUGGUUGAUAAGAGGACGAUGGCUAUCACCUCUCACAAACUUAUUUCUUCCUUUAUUCUCUCCAGCUAAAGGAUUCCCUUUCUUCCCUUACAGGUUGUUUCAAUGACCAUGAACCUUUAGUUCACAACGCAACAUGUCAAGCUCUACUUAUUUGUAUACUAACAUCACUACAGAGAACAGGGGGGUGCCUGUUAAAGCAGUACUUUCCAUGACACCAACUUUCUUCUUCCUGUACGUCAACAUUGUCAUGCUGUUUACCCUGAGGUGUAAGGUCAUCUUCCGAGAGACCUCCCGCUACAUCUUGUUCGCCAACAUGCUCUUUGUGGACACUCUGAGCCUCCUUAUCUGUGUAUUUCUGUACAUCCUAGCUGUGGGAAGAUUGUACUUCAGUGGCAUUGCAUGCCUGGUUGUGGUGGUUUCUGCAGGCGCCCUCAUGCGUAUCUCCCCACUCAACCUGGCUAUGAUGUCUCUGGAGCGGUAUGUUGCCAUCUGCUUUCCUUUGAGGCAUGUUGAGGUUAUCACAUGCUGGAGGACGGGCGGGGCCAUUAUUGUUAUGUGGGUGGUGGGCUCACUGAAUUCUUUUGCUGAUCUUUUAACUUUUGUGAUGGCCGGAUCCAAUUUCGGCUCCACAUGGGGCUUCUGUUCAAGAAACCUGGUGUUUCCGCUGAAAGUGUACAAUCAAAUAAAUACGGCCUUCUCAGUCAUUUAUUUCCUAAUGGUGGGGGUAAUCAUUAUUUACACAUACAUCAGCAUCACCAUGGUAGCCAAGUCUGCCACUUCAGACAAAAUUUCUGCCACAAAGGCUAAUAAGACAGUGCUGCUGCACCUGUUUCAGUUAGGGAUAUAUCUUGCAUCCUUAUUACAUGAGCCGUUACUUAUCGUUGCAUUUAUGUACAUGGACAGGAUCUCUUUCUUAAACGUACAAUAUGUCCUGUUCGUGACACUGCUCAUCUUCCCAAGAUGCCUCAGUCCUCUUAUCUAUGGGCUAAGAGAUCAGAUUUUCAGUCCCAUUUUCCUAUAUAAUUUCACAUUCAGCUUCAGAGGCACAGUCAAGCCAGUUAUGAGUGCAUAGGUACAAAAUUUCCAAAAUAAUGUAAGAUAAUGUCUUGUCAAUAUUUUUUUACAGUGCAUAUUUGAAAUACAGUGUAAAUAACAAGCAGUUGAUGGAUUGAUUGACUGACUGGUUGACUAUGUACUGACUCAAUGACAUUUCUUCCAAUGCUUUUCAUUUUGCAUACUAUAAUAUAAUAAAACAUCAGCACCAGCAUUCCCUCAAAUGCUUAUGCAUGCUUUUCUAUAUAUUUAUAUGACAUUAUAUGUUGACUGAUGCACCCUUGUGGUACAUUGAAUUAGACAUAAUUAGUGCAAGUUGUCCCCAGCACACACAUGUAUAGGAACAUAAAAAUCACAGUUCUCACAUGCAUUAUAACAAACAAGUAGUUGCCAAAGAUGAAUUCUUCAAUCCAAGUUGAUUGUUACACUGAUGACACUAUUCUGUUAACCUAUGCUGCCUCCUUCUCUCAAGUCAUUAAGGACUUUUAUGAGUCAUUUAAUUGCAAACUGAACUGUAUGAUCUUAAACUGGUUUUAACUGCUGGUGAAACCAAAGUCAUGUAUUUUUCAAGGUCAGACUCCAAAUG